CCCAAUUUCCAGCUUUCCCUUCCUUCCUUCCGCCAUUGGAGGCCCAAUAUCUUGUUAUUUGUCAGAAAGCAACCGACCACCAAAUUCCUCAGCUUGUCAUUAGUGUGAAAGAGAGAGAUGGCUUCCGGCGGGGCGAAUAACAACGGCGGGGAAUUCAGCUUCGCGUCAUCGCCGAAGACGACGGGGAACCGCGCCGGUGCUGGGCGCAACGGGCUGCCGAAGAUCCAGACUCAGGACAACGGCAAGAAGCUGAGCAGCGCCGCCGCCAGAGCAGAGGAUUUGUGUUACGACGACAGUGCGACCCCGGUGAAAGCGCAGACGCUGGAUGAGCUCCACUCGCUCCAGAAGAAGAGAUCCACUCCUUCCACUCCCAUCACCGCCGGUACCACCCCAGCCGGCGCUGCCGCGAGUCAGGGCGCCUUCUUCACCGCCAUGUCGGAGGAGGACCGCCAGCGGCAGCAGCUCCAGUCCAUCAGUGCGUCGCUGGCGUCGCUGACUCGGGAGACGGGGCCGAAGGUGGUGAAGGGGGAUCCGGCGAGAAGCUCGACGCCGAAGGUGGCGCAGGUGGAGCACUACACGCCGUCGAUCAGCGUGACGGAUAGCUCCAUGAAAUUCACCCACGUCCUCUACAAUCUCUCCCCGGCUGAGCUGUACGAGCAGGCGAUAAAGUACGAGAAGGGGUCGUUCAUAACGUCGACGGGAGCACUGGCGACGCUGUCCGGUGCAAAGACGGGGAGGUCGCCAAGGGACAAGCGCGUGGUGAGGGACGAUACGACGGAGGAUGAUCUUUGGUGGGGAAAGGGAUCGCCGAACAUCGAGAUGGACGAGCAUACGUUCAUGGUGAACAGGGAACGAGCUGUGGAUUACUUGAACUCUUUGGACAAGGUGUUCGUGAACGAUCAAUUCCUCAACUGGGACCCAGAACACAGGAUCAAAGUCCGAAUCGUCUCCGCCAGAGCUUACCAUUCCCUCUUCAUGCACAACAUGUGCAUUCGGGCCACUCCCGAGGAGCUGGAAAGCUUUGGAACGCCCGAUUUUACCAUAUACAAUGCUGGGCAGUUCCCCUGCAACCGUUACACUCACUACAUGACCUCUUCCACCAGCAUCGACCUGAACUUGGGGAGGAGGGAGAUGGUGAUUUUGGGCACCCAAUACGCCGGGGAGAUGAAGAAAGGGCUGUUCGGGGUCAUGCACUAUCUCAUGCCCUUGCGUGGGAUCCUGUCCCUUCACUCUGGCUGCAACAUGGGCAAAGAUGGGGAUGUUGCCCUCUUCUUCGGAUUAUCAGGGACUGGGAAGACUACCCUUUCGACGGAUCAUAAUAGGUACUUGAUUGGGGACGACGAGCAUUGCUGGAGCGACAAUGGUGUAUCCAACAUCGAAGGUGGCUGCUAUGCUAAGUGCAUUGAUCUUUCCGCGGAGAAGGAGCCUGAUAUCUUCAAUGCCAUCAAGUUCGGAACAGUGUUGGAGAAUGUGGUGUUCGAUGAGCAUACAAGAGAAGUGGACUACACGGACAAAUCAGUGACAGGUAAAAUUAGAGGAUUCUCAUAUCAAUUGUUCACACAUUAACUGGGGUUUUUUUUUCUUCUUUCCUUUUGGUGCCUUCUCUGGGCUGUGAUUCUUGUUUGCAGAGAACACAAGGGCGGCUUACCCUAUCGAAUACAUCCCUAACGCCAAGUUACCCUGCGUGGGACCGCAUCCGAAGAACGUUAUCCUUCUGGCUUGCGACGCAUUCGGUGUGCUCCCACCGGUGAGCAAGCUCAGCCUCGCGCAGACCAUGUACCAUUUCAUCAGCGGUUACACUGCUCUGGUGGCUGGCACGGAAGAUGGAAUCAAGGAACCACAGGCGACCUUUUCAGCCUGCUUUGGUGCAGCCUUCAUAAUGAUGCAUCCAACUAGGUAUGCAGCAAUGCUAGCCGAGAAGAUGCAGAAGCAUGGAGCUACUGGGUGGCUCGUUAACACCGGCUGGUCUGGUGGAAGCUAUGGAUCUGGGAGCCGCAUCAAGUUGAGUUACACCAGGAAGAUCAUUAAUGCAAUUCACUCUGGUGAACUUCUGGAGGCGAAUUAUAAUAAGACCGAGAUCUUCGGCCUUGAGAUCCCGACUGCGAUCGAGGGUGUUCCUUCUGAAAUCCUUCAACCUGCCAACACUUGGUCGGACAAGAAGGCUUACAAUGAGACGCUGCUGAAGUUGGGAGGUCUGUUUAAGAAGAACUUUGAGGUGUUUGCUAAUCAUAAGAUAGGGAAGGAUGGGAAGCUCACAGAGCAGAUUCUUGCUGCUGGUCCUGUUUUCUGAUCGAAUCGGGUUUCGGAGAAGAUGGAAAUAACGGAGGACGGAGGAGAAUAUAAGUUAUAUCUGAAUUGAUAUGGAUUUUUGUUCUGGUGAAACAUUGAUGUUUUCAGUAUUUAUUUAUCGGUUGUCAUAUGAGCUAUAGCUUAUUACAUGGUCAUUCUCUAGUCCUCCCCUAUAUGGUAUUUCUUUUUUACCUGUGACAAUUGUAAUUGUAGAACGUGCUUAAUAAGUCGAUCAAAGUUCAUUAUAUUCAGGUAGUUAGUAAUUUCGGGU